AUGAAGGCGAGUAAAUAUACUUUGAGUGAAGCCACAUUGGAAAAGAUAGCCGAAUCUUCUUAUGGACAGAUGUUUUUGAUGUUCUUGCACACUAAGUACUCAGAAAGUCAUUGGGAAAAGUUGGAAGCUGUAGUGAAAAAGUACUUGAAGUGUUACAAAAGGGGUCAAGUCAAGAAUGAGCUCACAUUUGAGUUUGUUAGAAGAGGUGAAACACACAUUAUCACGUCGACACCAGAAAAAAUGGGUGUAAUGUUUGGAAUGCCAAGAAUGGCAGGAAGAAGAACUGAUGACACCUUUUUGAUGGUAGGUGGUGGAUGGAGGCAGAAACCAUUUUAUAUUAGACACUUUGGUGAUAGCAACACGGUUACAAGACCAAUGCUACAAGAUGCCAUCUUGAAACUGCUCAAGCGUACUGGUAUCAAGAAUUGUAAAUCUAAAGGUGGCGAAGACAGUGAUGAUGACAAUGAUGAACAAGUAACCGAUAGUGAAGAUGAUGAAGAUAUGAAGUACAUGAUACCAAGAGUAGAAACUGAACAAACAAUUGAAGAUAUGGUUAAGCUAUUAUGCCUGUUUAUGUGUAUUACUUUGUUUUUUACAACAAAAGAUGCUCAUAAACUCAAAGAAAAGUACUUUGGUUUAGUUGAUGAUCUUGAGAAGUCAAAGAAUGUAUCUUGGCCUGACCUGAUACAUAGUUUCUUAGAGAAGAAAAUCAAUCAGAACUACAACACUCCCGAGGACAUCACUGGUUGUGUCGUCUAUUUGUUGUUGUUGUAUGCGGAGCAUACUCACUUGGUGAAACCAGUGACGUUACCAGAUGAUCGAUACCUUCCAAGAGCGGCAAGGUGGAACAUCAAAGAAAUAUCUGUUGAGUUUCUAAAGGAUAUGGAGGCUUCGCAAUACACAUUCUCUAAAGAAUUUAAGGAUGAAUAUACUAUGUAUGAAAAAGAAAUGUUAAAUGAAAUUGCUCAAAGGCUUCCAGUUGAAGAAGUGCCAUUGACAGUAGAUUGGCAAGAAAAAUUCGAGGAUUUGGAAGUAAAGAAUGAAGAUUUGAGGCUGACAAUUGCAGAAAAAUGGUGUGAAUUACAGAGCAGGAAAGAGGACGGCCUCCCCAUUGAUGUGAGUAUCCUAGAAGAUCUUUUGAAUGAUAUAUAUCACAGAGCUUACCCACCUCCACAACCAAACUCGAGAGAAGAAGAAUCUAGCAGUAGCUCUGAAGAAGGUCAUGAUGAUUUGGAUGACACCGUUCCAUCAGCAACUACUCCUUUGGUAACAGAGGAUGAACAGGAAAUUCCAGAUGAUACCCAAGAAAAGUCGAAUGAACAGGGAAAUGCUACUCCAACAAUGCCUGUUAUGGGGGGCUCUGAAGAAAAUCUCACACAGUUCGAUAUUGAAGUUUCACAGUUUAAAAUUUGGGCUAGAUCUGAUUUGGAGCGAAAGGUGAAAGAGCUGCAAGAGGAAAAGAGCAUGCCAGAACCAUCACAGACUGAAAAGGCUGAACUCCAACAAACAGCAGCGACACAAGUUCUGGGUAAUAUUGAAGUGGAAAUUGGUUCUCUUAGAGAUAGACAGGGUGCAUCGCUUGAAGAAAUGUUGCCGAAUAUGCAGUUUAUGCCUUUGGUUUGUGAGCUGCCGAGUCUCAAAGAACUGCAUACCGUGCCGAUGGAGAAACUGAUUGACCUGGCCAUCCAUGGGAAGGGUAUUUAUACCGAUGAGUACUCAAAAUAUCUACAAGCUGAAAUUAUGGGAGAUCCUUAUCCAUCCUUAGGAAUUCUUAGUCUGGAGUACCCGUCGACUGGUAGUUUACCAAGCUUGGAAAAAAUGGAAUCUUCUCAAAUCUUCGACAAAUUUUAUGCUAAAGAUCUGGAUCCUCCAUCACAAGUUUCAAGACCAACUUUUGACUUGGGUUUAGGACCAAGUGAUCAAAAUGGAGAAGAGGUGCAGCAGCCUGCAAUUGAUCUAGGUGCACCUGAUCCACCUCAAAUCCAUCUUGCAGCUGCGCCUGCGCAUAAUGAAGCUCCAGCUGCUAGAGGAGCAUCAGAUCAAGCUCAAACGGAUCCCUCGGAUGAGCAAGCUCAAAUCGAUACUGCACCUACACUUAAUGAAGCCUCUGCAAUUGUUUUAGCUGCAGCUGAAAAAGCUCGUUUGAAAGCUGAUCUUCAGCAACCUGAACAAGAAGGAAUAAGGAAACCUUGGGAUCCCAUUCCAUUCAAUGAAGUAGAAAGGAAGAAGAAAAUGAAGAAUGACAGAAAGCAACAGCCUACUAAAAAAUUAGAGAGUCUUAAGUAUCCAGUUUUAGAUGCUGAAAAGGCAGAGGAAGCUCGACUGAAGAAGAAUAUGAGCGCCGAAAAAGCUAAAGCAUAUGCUGAGACUCUCCAACUUCUUUCUGAGCUACAGAAGGAUAACGAACCUGGAGUUAGUCAAACAUCAGAGGAAGAUGACGUAACACUUGCCAAGAGACUCGAAGAUAGGCUGGCUACAAAGAGUAAUGAAGUCAAACCAAUAGCGAAGUCGACCACGUCAGUCAUGGACAAGGAGAAGAAAAAGCCGACUAUCUCAGCCAAGGAGAAGAAACUUACUCCAAAAAUCACAUACACCCCUCAGAAGCCAGUAACUCGGAGCCACCCGCAGAAAAGAGUUGAUCCUGAGUUUGCUAGUGGCAAAGGACUGUCGGGACAUAAAAGGCGAAAAACAAAGUCCAGAACUGAAAACCCAGUUGGAAAAGAUUGCCCAACAGAGAAAGUUCAGAAAAAGGAUAGCGAGAAUGUGAGAAAGAGAAAAGCUAAAGGUGAUCCAAAUCUGCAAGAACUUACUAAAAAAGUGAAGAAUGCACGCAAGUUGUUGAGCCUAAGGAAAUCUCCGUUCUAUAAGGAUUUGAGUUCACAACAAAGAGCGCUUCUCUCUCCUUUUUUUGACAAAGCUACCUCAAUCAACAGUGCUUGGAAAGCUCCUGCUGUGAUUGGUCAUCACAUAUUAUCUGCAGAGACCUUUGAAGAUCUGCUACAUAACAGGGCUUUAGAGGGAGAUCUUAUAAAUUACUGGCAAUACCAACUGAAAAAAGCAUAUCAUAAUGAGCAACCAGUGAAUGGACAGAGAAAGUACAUUCCAGUACUCCACAUUGAUCCAACAGGCUGGUUUUAUUUAAGUGACCCAGUACAUCAAGUAGCAGCAAACACUGCUGUAUUCUUACCCAUCAGGAAUAUGGAGGAAGGAACCAGGAAGAUUAUUAUUCCAAUGUCACACCAAAACGUGCAUUGGACGCUUCUUGUGUAUGAAUGCGAGAAAGGCGAAUUCUUCCACUACAACACUUGGGAAGCUGUAUCCAAAAAUGAGUGUCUCGAUAAUGCUAAUCUUAUGGCAGAAUACUGCUUGUUAGCAAUUAAUGAACGCUUGUCGAGCCUGCGCCUUCCACUUGUAAGCAGAGUAAAGAUGAUUAGUUACCCAACACCUCAACAGGGAGACUAUCCAGAUUGUGCAAUAUAUAUCAUGCACAUCAUGAAGAAAGUUGCAAAGGAGGAAGUAAUUGAUGGAGUGCGAAUGAGCUUGGGAGACCCAGAAGAACUAAAGGACAAAAUACAUAAGAAGAGGAUCUCUUUAGCAUGCAAAAUACUCUCAGCAACAUCUCCUCCUGAGGAGAGCUGGAAUAUUCAUGCUCCAAAAGGUUUUUAAGACAGUGCUUAUAUGAAUU